CUGGAAUCCAAGUCCACACUGAGGACCGCAGAGGCACAUCUGAAAGAAGCUGCCGACAGAGAUGUCCAAAACAGAGAAAUCUACUUCAAGGUCACGCUCUCGAUCCGGUUCCAGAUCCAGGUCACGAUCUUACUCCCGUUCCCGUUCCCGUUCCAGGUCCCGAUCGCACUCCAGGUCGAGGAAACACCGCUACAGGUCUCGCUCUCGGUCAAGAUCCCAUUCUCCGCCCCAUAAUCGGGAGCGGAACUACCCCAGGGAGUACCAAAAAAACCGUGAGUUCCGAGGCUACCACAGAGGUUUCCGGAGGCCUUAUUAUCACCGAGGCCGAGGCCGAGGCCUCUUCCGGGGCCGCUUCCAACGUGGAAGGGGAGGUGGAUAUAACAACUAUCGAUCCAACAACUGGCAAGAUUUCCGGCAACAAGCACAACAGCAGCAAUCAAAACAGCAACAGCAGCUCUCCCACAGUCCCAGGCGAGGGCGCUCUCGUUCGCACAGCCCUAAGAAACAUUCAGAAAGUCCUCAGUCUUGCAGCCACUCCCGUCGUUCUGACAGGUCCUCAUCGGGGCGCUCACAACCGUCCUGCUGUUCUCCCAACUCUCCAAAAGAGAAAUUUGGGUCUGGGGCCGCAAAGGACAGCGUUAGUGAUGUGACGGAGGGAGCUAAGGAGAACCAGAAUGGAGAAGGGGGAGAUGAGUUUCUGACAGACAAUGCAAAUGCAGCGGGUCCUGCUGAGGGACAGGGGAGCAGUGGUGGUGACGUUAGACAGGUCUUGACCGACAAUGGUACCAGUCCUAAAAGGGCCAGCCCUCAGAUUUGCUCUGCUAUCAUUGCCGAUCAAGUUCACCCAGCAACUAGUGAACAGAAAGCCAUCCCUAAGAGUACAAAUGCCUCUACUAAUGGUACCACUAAAUGGCAGGCAAUAGGCAAUGCAUCUUUCACCAAAAGCCCUUCAAAGAAAAGUCCUACAGCAGUCUUCUCUGGUUUUGGGUCCUUUACAAAUGUUGACCAGAAGCCAGAGGAUCGAAGAGCAAUCUCCAUUGCUUUCAAAAAAUUCCUGGAGGAGCACAAGAGUAAAAAAACAACUUUUGAAUUGGAGAAUGGCCUCGAUCAGGAUGCACACAAAGACGACAUAGUGUGCAAACUAGGGAGGGGAAAAUCAGAAACAUUAAACUUUGAGAAGAGCUCUGAUACUGGUCUUGCAGACGUUGCAGAACAUAGCAACAAAAAUGAGAGGGAGAACUACAAAUAUUUUGAAAAUUUUGAGGGUAACAUGCCAGCAAGCAGUUUUCGAAAUGGUCCUCCUCCAUUUAUCAGUGGAGAUGGUAAGAAAGAGGGGGAUCAGGAGGAAAUGUCCCACCAUAAGAUGAGGGAGCUGGAAGAUGACUCUCCCAAAUGGAAAAGCAAGGCCACACUCUCUGCUCAAGAGCUAUUUGAGGAGCACUUAAGCAAGCUUGAUGAAAUGAAUUGGGAUGAUGAAUUGGAGGCCUUGCUGUAUAGAAGUAAGCAGGAAAGAGCUGCAGCCAUCAUGGCUUCUCUGACCAAGAAGGAGAUGCCAGGUGUUUUGAAGGGUUUCUCCUCUGAAAAGCCCUCAAAGAUCAAACGCAGAGAAAAAAUCUCAUUGAGUUCAUCUCCUUCACCUCCACCCCAACUUUGGAGGAGCUCUGAGAACCGUGAACCAGAGAUGUUCAUGGUGAUGAGUGAUGAGUCCCCACCCAGGUCCUCUGGGAAAAGAGGGACAGAAUUUAAUGUUAGAAUGGACUCCCUCAGCAAUCAAAUGGCAAGAUCAUCCAGUAUUUUUGAUGAUGAAAGGAUUCCCAGAGGUCUUAUCCAGCAUAAAAAGGAGCAGGAGUUCCGCUCCAUUUUUCAGCACAUUCAGGGAACCCAGUUACGUAGGAGCCCCUCCGAGCUGUUUGCACAGCACAUCGUAACCAUUGUUCACCAAAUCAAAGCUCAGCAUUUUCCAUCAUCUGGAAUGACCUUAAAUGAUCGUUUUGCCAUGUACCGAAGAAGAGCAGCAGAGAUGGAAAGCACGAAGCCAAGAAAGAGCCCAGAGAUACACCGGAGAAUUGAUGUUUCUCCAAGUGCUUUUAAGAAGCACUCUCACCUGUUUGAGGAGAUGAAAAGCUCCAUGGAUAGCAGCAAUAAGGCUGAGGGUAAAAAAAUGAAAAAUGAUUCUGUGGACCUUCGUUUGGAUAUUGAACGACGUAAAAAAAUUUCCAGCAGAGAGGGGGACAAUUAUAAACCGGAUUGGGGACAGCACUCAGAGGAGUCGCCAGAGUUAAGAAGGGAACAAUAUACUGGAAAGCCCUCCAAACACCAUAGGAAGUCAAAGAAAAGCAAAAGGAAACGAGCCAGAUCUCAUUCAUCUUCCUCUUCAACAUCUUCCUCCUCUCAGUCCCAUGAGGAAGCAGAAGCCAGAGAGGAGGGCUUUGACAAGGCCCGACUUGGACCUAAAGAGUACGGUGGAACAAUGGAGGGAGGAAAACCACGUGGAGGAUUUCAGUGCAGAGUAAGAGGUAGAGGUUGGAACAGGGGGAAUUACCCUGGAAACAAUAGCAACGGAAUGACAAUGCCAGAUUACCUCAAGAAUGAAGACUGGGAUCCAGAGCAUACUCCCAAGAGCAAGAAAUAUUAUCUGCAUGAUGACAGGGAUGGGGAGGGAGAGAGGAAGUGGACUGACGCUCGGGGGCGUGGGCGUGGUAACGUCCCUUGCGUCAGGGGUCGUUUUAUCUUACGGCGACCUACCAGCAUAAGCACGACAAACGACAGCAGCCCAAAGUGGACCCACGACAAGUUCCAGGGUAGCAGCGAGGACGCUGACAUGGCCGACGAGGAUGUCGACCAGGAUCACAAAGAAGAGAACAGCUUAGGGGUCAAAAUCAACUUGAAGCAGUAAAAAUGUGGCCCCUGAAAUGACCAAGAAGUUGCAUCAUCUCCACCUUAUUAUGGUUGAUCUUCUUUCGACUGGACUAACAACUGAUGGACAAGGGGGUUCACGUUGUCUAAUGAAGUUGUCUCACCUCUUCUAGAGUUUGUUUGAGGUUUCCUCCAUCUUUUGUCAUCAUACAUUCAGGAAUCAUUUUCAGGUGAAACUUCACAUAAGCUGAGUGUAACACUGUGGGACCUUUGAUAUCU